AUGAGAAAAUAUCGUUAUGGGCCUACAUAUAACUCUUCCCUUUUUUCUAUAGAAGGCUCAAAGCCCGCCAUAGUUCAAGUGCGUGGAUCUAGAAAUGAUGAUGGCCCAUCUAUUUUGCCAAUGUGUACUGGCUUAAAAUCCCAGAGCUAUGGCGAAGACAAAAUCACCCGUCCUAGCUCGAUAGAGAUCAUCUUUGGGGCAUUUUCCUCUUCAUACGUUAAUCGGAAUGGGAAACAUGCAUCUUGUUCCAAAGAAAAAAGACAAGGGACCCAACUUCAUUCUGGAGGAUUUAAUGGAUUAUUCGGUCCAUUAACAAGUUGGGUACUUGUUGGUUCACGGACGGAAUUCACAGAUGACGCGUGGAAUUGUUUUGUUCCGCCUUCUUGA